AUGGGUGUCUUGCGUUAUCCGAGGUUGAGACUCUACUGGAAGCCUAGCAUGAAAUCUGCUCUUGUAGCGUCAGUCGGCCUAUCACGCAACCGCUUCGAGAAGCUCCGGAACAACCUGCAUAUUGUUGACGCUAAUAAUCCCAGCCAAACAGACCGCCUUUGGAAGGUGAGGCCCCUGCUGGAUGCUUUUCAGAAACGGUGCAAUGAGCUUGUUCCUGAAGAGCGGCUUUGCAUUGACGAGCAGAUUGUGCCCUUCAAAGGCCGUCUGGACAUCAAGCAGUACGUAAAAGGAAAGCCACAUCCGUGGGGCGUGAAAAUAUUUAUGCUGUGUGGUGAAUCUGGGCUUAUUUAUGACUUCCUGCCAUACCAAGGAUCGACAACUGCCUUAUCCGACCACCUAAAGUGUAACUUCAGCAUCACAGGUGCGAUAGUUAUGACUUUGGCUCAGCGCAUUCCAUCUGGUGUGGGACACAAGUUGUUUUUUGACAAUUAUUUUACUUCUCUGCCCCUGCUACGUGAAAUGCGGAAGAAAAAAAUAUUUGCUGCGGGAACAAUAAGGUGCAACAGAUGUGAGAAGUGUCCCUUGAUGAGCGAAAAGGAUCUCAAGAAAAAGGGGCGUGGCUCGUCCGAUUGCAUCGUGAGUGGGGACGGAAAGUUGGCCGUGACGAGGUGGCUGGAUAACAAGUCAGUGACACUGGCAUCCAACUUUCUUGCUGUGAAGGAUGAAGACACCGCCAGGCGAUGGAGCAAAGCAGAGAAAUGUUUUGUCGACGUCAGACGGCCAGCUGUGGUCGGUGCAUACAACCGCAGCAUGGGUGGCGUCGACAAAGUAGAUUUUCUUGUGGCGCUUUACCGUACAACCAUCCCGUCUAGGAAGUGGACACUGAGGAUGAUAUUUCACUUCAUGAAUCUGGCGGUAGUCAACGCCUGGCUGGAGUACAGGAAAGACGCGGACAGGCAGCUUAUGCCGUCAACAAAACAACUUGACUUACUCGACUUCACCUUGAACGUGAUUGAGGCACUUUCGGCAGCUGAGAGUAAACCUUUGACUCCGAAGAGAGGAAGGCCCUCAGCGUCCCCUCUGCAGCCUGCAAAGCAGGCUAGGUUUACAGAAAACAGGCCAGUUCAAGAUGUGAGGUUCGAUCAGAUUGGACAUUGGCCCAUUCAUGACGAGUCAAGGGAGCAGCGAUGCAAAAUGGAGGACUGCACUGGAAAAUCUCGCAUCCAGUGUGAGAAAUGCAAGGUCUACUUGUGCCUUUCAAAGUCUAGGAACUGUUUCAGAGUGUUUCACACACGGUGUUAA